AUGUAUCCGUCAAUGCAGCGAGGCAGGCUGCUUUCGACUUUCGCCCGACCCUGCCGUUUUGUCGCGCAUCGCCGGUAUCCCGCUGCUGUACCCUCGCGUCGCUUUCACCUCUCGACCGGUUGGCGAUCGUCGGCGCCUUCUGACCCCCACGGUGCCCCAGAUUCGACCCCCGAGAACGUCGCGGACGAUGUGCCGCCACUCAAUGCUGGACGCAAUGUCGCCGCACAUGGUACAUCGCCGGUCACAACGCCGCCGGCUGCGCAACCUGGGAAAAAGGAGUCAAGUCCAUAUGGAUCGGCGGUGCGAAGAGCAUUGAGGAACAGGAAACCAUCGAAGGAGUGGACUGCCCCGACUGCAACGGUCCCUGACUGGUUUUACGAGCGGAAUACUGUGGUCAAUAGCGGCGAGGGAGAGGCCACGGCGGAAUCGCCCGAACAAGUGAAAAUCGCCACGACAGUGGAAGCAAAAGAAGCACCUACAGCAGUACAAGCGCGUGGUGGUGGAGGAGAUGAACCGAUGCCGUCUCCGGGAGACAGUCCAAGCGAGAAUCGCUACGCUCUGACACAGCCACUGUGGGAGGAACUUGUCGCAUCUGCUCGAGCAGGUCUGCGAUUGCCACCCACCAAGUACGCGAAAGAGCCUUCGGCACGGAAAUCUCACCUGGUUCUUCAAUACCCGGGUAACGAUGGCAUAUUGUUCCUUGAUGCAGUGGUCAAAAGGCUAGCUCGGGAACUUGGGGCCGACGUGGUGACGCUCAACGCCCAAGACAUCGCUCAGCUCUGCACCGAGCAGGAUCUGGCGGAUACUGGGACCACAACAGCAAUCAGGUCUCUUGGCUACGAGGUCUAUCGUCCAUCCAUGGCGGAGACUUGGCAGGACGACGGCAUGAACGAACCGGAGGCCGACGACGAUGUCAUGGAUACCCCCAUGCCAUCCCGCAGUUUUCGACCGGGUUUGAAGAGCCCGAAGUUUAUCACUAUUGAAAGCUCGCGAGAUAGUGGCGAUAUCCCCUUGCCCAAUUUUCUCGGCCUCAAGUCUCUGGUGGCAUCCUUCAACGGGCCACUGGACAACGCAGGUGCCUCGUCGCAAGGCAACAUUGACCGCGCGGAGGACCGGCGGUUACGAUUGAUCAAUGAGAUUAUCUCAGCUGCUAGUAAGCCACGGCAGCCAGCAGAGGAAGAAUCGCCGAAGAAUUCCGAAGAGGUUAAGCCUCACCCCACUCGCGAUGUCAUUGUCCAAAUCCAGGAUUACGGCGAAAUCCAGAGUACUCGUGAAGGCGCAAGGUUCAUUUACCUUCUACAAAAAGCGAUCCAAGAUCGGAGAAGAUCCGGCUCCCGUAUUCUCUUUGUUGGUACGGCAGCGCAAGAGGCUGCCCCCGACUCCGACACGUCGAGACUUAUGCAGAACGCUUUUGACGAUCAGUUCUCCCAAAUGAUCGUCGUAACCCCGGCUAUGGAAUCUUUUGCAGCGGAGAGAAUGCUCACGGAGGAUCGAAAGAAACGGACGCUCGACGUCAAUAUUCGCCAUAUCCAAGACUUGUUAAGAACACGCCUGAAUGAGAGCCCGUCCGCUGUGAAAGAUAACAUUCUUGGCAGUCGGUCGUGGCCUCUGGAUGCUGCCAUCUUGAAAGAAUCUGGCCUCGAUGAGCGUUAUUGGACCUACAGCCAAGUCCAUUGGACCACGACUCUCGCACUCGGAAGCCUCGAGGCCGAGGAGCCCUUUGGCUUCGAGCAUAUCCAGCGAGGAAUUGAGAUGAUGCAAAGGGCAGAUCGGGUGAAGAAUGAUUGGCUACAAGAAAAAACACCCAAAACAAAAUCCACAGAUGCAGGCAAUGACCGCGAGCGGUUAUUAAAUUCGCUCCGCAAGACCUGUAACUCUCACGAGAAGAAACUGUUGAAUGGUGUUGUGGACGCCAAAAGUAUCCGCACCACAUUUGCGGAUGUCCAUGUUCCGCCUGAGACUAUCGAUGCGCUGAAAACGCUCACCUCGCUCUCCCUCAUUCGACCGGAAGCUUUCACCUACGGUGUCCUGGCUACCGACAAGAUCCCUGGACUGCUCCUGUACGGCCCUCCGGGCACAGGAAAGACCCUCCUUGCCAAGGCCGUAGCCCGCGAAAGUGGUGCCACUGUCUUGGAGGUCAGUGGCUCAGAGGUUUACGAUAUGUACGUUGGCGAGGGUGAGAAGAACGUCAAGGCCAUCUUCACCCUAGCCAAAAAGCUCAGCCCUUGUGUUGUCUUCAUCGAUGAAGCGGACGCCAUUUUCUGUUCGCGCACUGGAGCCAGCAGCCGUACCUCCCAUCGGGAGCUGAUCAACCAGUUCCUGCGGGAGUGGGAUGGAAUGAAUGACCUCUCGGCGUUUAUUAUGGUGGCCACGAACCGGCCGUUUGAUCUGGAUGAUGCGGUUCUCCGCCGUUUGCCUCGGCGAUUGCUCGUUGACCUGCCGACGGAACAAGACCGCCUGGCGAUCUUGAAGAUCCACCUGAAAGAAGAAACCCUUGACAGUUCAGUUGAUCUUGCCGAGCUUGCGCGGCGCACACCUCUGUACUCGGGUUCCGACUUGAAGAACCUUUCGGUAUCGGCAGCGCUGGCCUGUGUCCGCGAGGAGAACGAGCUAGCGGCGCAGCACAAGGGAGACAAACCAUAUCAAUACCCCGCCAGACGCACACUCACGUGGACGCACUUUGAGCGCGGCAUGGAAGAGAUUAGCGCAUCGAUUAGCGAAGACAUGUCUUCCCUCUCGGCAAUUCGCAAGUUCGAUGAGCAAUAUGGAGACCGUAAGGGCCGGCGCAAGAAGACUCCCGGCUGGGGCUUCAGGCCUGCGGGGAUUGAAGAGUCGACCGCCGAUGCAGCGCGUGUGCGGAAUGACCUGUAG